ACGAGAUGAAAAUCACCCUUAUACAAUCGGAGGCGCGACCCCCCUCCCUUUUCAAGUCAAAAGGAUUUAUCUGUGUAUGUAAUAACGAAAACACGGAAGAUCUUUUAACAAUUGCCAACUGACGGAUUUUUUCACCUGUAUUAAAUCUCCUAAACAAAUAUUGCUAUGUAGAACCCCAGUUAUUGAAUCCGGGCCGUGGUUAUAUCUGUAAGGAGAUAGCAGGCUUUGUGUUAAUGUCUAUACAAGUUUUCGAAAGGCUUGGGUCUUUUUUUCUUCUUCUUCUCCGCUCAUAUCGUAAUGUAUAUGGGGAUAACACCAUUCAGAACCCACUCCAAUUCUUAAGGACUUAUACGAGGAAAUAUAUUUUGAGGACAUUCAGUGUGGAAUUAGAGGAGCAAAUGUAAUUUGAAGAGGGGAUAAGACCAAGGCGCUUCCGAGUGUUACAACUUUUCUGUGGAGACCUGGAUCUGUGUAUCUUCUCUCUCUGUAUGUGUAUAUGUGACCUAAUUACAAGGUCACACAAAACCAAUAAAAGAAGCGUUCCGUCCAAGACAGUUCUCCGUCGUUAAUAUAUUUACGACGCUCGGCAUCUUAGCACGGGCUCUUUCAUUGAUUCGGCGCUGUGUGAUGAAAUUCGGAGAUUUGGGGGAAUUUCUGUUCAAAUGAUGAGUUAUACUUUCAUUAACUCCUCACUGCGCAGUCGAAAGACAACACUUGUGUGCAUUGUCUCAGGGAAUAUGUGAGCUAUUAACAAUGCUCUUUCUGUGAUUUUUUGUGUGAAAUGGAAAUUCAACUUCACCCCACGAUGUGUUCAAACAUAUUUUUGUGCCGAAAACAGCUGAGAUUGUGCGUCUGUUUUCUGGUGUGUGUGAUUGUAUGUGUGACGUCAUCAUCUGACGUCACAAGAUCAAAGACCAUUAGACAAUUGAUAAGUGAAAUCAACAGACUAAGGGCGGCUGACGAUAUCAUAUUGAGAAACGACCUAGGGAGUCAAUAUGAGCAACCGGAUAUCACCGUUUUUAUCCCGGCCUCCGAGGUCAUCUGGAGAUUUAAGGAGGUUCAGUCAAAAUAUGGCUACAAUUUAGACAACAGGGAGAGCGUCACGACGUUGAUGCUGUAUCACAUUGGGAGAGGGAGACGACUAUCAAAUGAAAUUGUUGACGGGCAAACCAUAAUUUCAAAACAUCCGUCAAAUUACAACCUACAACUCAAUAUCCUCCACGACGGAAACGAAAAGGUUUUCACUGUGAAUGGCGCCGAACUGUUGGUGAGGGACAUCGUGGGAAGCAAUGGCGUCUUGUACAUCAUAGACAGACUUCUGGCCCCAGUCUCUAGCGCAAAAACUCUGCACGACUAUCUUAAUUAUCCAGAUCUACCCAAUUAUCAAUUCCAGUCCAUCGCCCGGGCCUCUAUUGUUGACCCUGAGAUGAAGAAAGCGACCGACAGUAUCGACCACCAUUUCACGGCCUUCGUACCGCCAGAUUCUAUAUUGUUCCCGAUGCCGGCUUAUGCUCAGGAUGUGCUGUUUUUCAAUAAUACAUUGCUGAAACAUACUAUCCAUGCCCACAUAGUGACGGACAGGAUCGUGUUUAUUUCCGGCCGGGGGGAGCUGAAGGACCUACAGAGCAAGAGAGGAACCUUGCAUUUCAUCCGGGAGGGAGAGAAUGUAUACGUCCAAAACAACAGGAUCCGCGCCACAAUUGUUGUCUCUAACAUCCCCGUUGCUAAUGGAGUUGUGCACGUGAUCGACCACAUCCUGUACUUUAUAUACAAAACUGUGUUCAUCAAAACCAACACCACUCAGUCGCUAAGUAUAUUUGCCAGUCACUUACAUGGGAUCCCCGGGGACCUGUUGUCUCACAUCCAGAGCUCUACAGAAACCUUUACAUUUUUCGCCCCCAAUAACAACGGCUUCGCCAAGAUUCCCAGGAAGAUCCAACAACAACUGGCCCAGGAUGACCGACUCCGAAGUGAGGUUUUGGGAGCGCACAUCGUGAAGGGGUUUGACCUCAGUUCCUCCGACUUUACUGAAGGCAAAACGUUUAAAACCAUCAACAACUUUACUCUGACUAUCCGGAAGUUUAAUAAAGAUAUCUACGUUCAGAACGGGAACAUUUUGGCCAAAAUCAUCCGGGCGGAUAUCGGGUGUACAAACGGGGUAAUUCAUAUUGUGUCCAGUGUAUUCAGAUUAGAGGAGUUUACCGUCCUAGACGCCAUCAGGGGAAAUAACCAACUGCUAAGGAUGAGUGAAAUGCUGAAGGAUUUUCCUAUUUUGGAAGGGAUCCUUUCCGGGGACAGCAGUCUUGGGGGGAAGAUGACCGUGUUCAUGCCCUCUGACCUCACAAUCACGAAUCUGCGGGAGGAGACCCGUAAAAACAUAUUUGUCAACCAGUCUGAUAAAGCAUUGAGGGCCCUGAAGGGACAUCUUAUAGAAGGGGAAGCACUAUCAUCAACAGAUAUCUACAGUACAGUCCUAAAGUACACUUACGGUGGCCAGCGAGUGGAAAUAACCAACACGGACGAUGGGAUCACCAUCCAGGGAGGACAUAUUGUAGCGAAGAUUGUGACGAGAGACAUCUGGUGUUCAAACGGUGUACUACACAUCAUUGAUAAUAUCUUGCACAUUCCCACACGAAACGUCAUGGAUGAGUUGGCUCGUCAUAGCGAAAUUAGUUCUAUAUCUAACUUGGUGAGGCUGGAUCAGAUGAAGGAAUUGUCCCUCGCUUUGUCUGACGACGGGAACCACUUCACCAUGUUUGUUCCAGUUAAUGACGCUUUCUCCGCCAUUCCCAGGUCACGUGCUGAUACCCUGCUCACCAAUUCCACCUUACUGCAAAACGUAUUGAAAGCCCAUGUUACAUCCACUGGAAGGAAAUAUACCAGUGAUUUGUACGACGGCAUCAGCAUGAAAGCAGAGGAAGAAUUCUUACACAUAUCACGUGUCUCGACAGAUGUUUUUAUAACCAACAACAACGUAAGGACUCGUAUCAUCCGACCAGACAUUCCUGCAAUUAAUGGCAUCAUUCACGUAGUAGACACAAUCAUGUAUUUCCCUUUCUACAUAGCUGCAGAAGUCAUGUACAACAACCCGAAACUUAGAAUGUUUUACGAUCUGAUGAAGAAUCUGUCGGACUUUUCCAACCUCCUUGAAGAUGAGUUCAGCCAGAUGACAAUCUUUGCGCCAUCCUCCAAGUUUCUCUCAUCCCUGUCCUCGGCAGACCUACAGAAGAUGUCCUCAAAUUCAGAGGUUCUCCGAAAGAUAUAUAAGGGCCAUGUUAUCCCCAACGGUUUGCUAGACAGCAAAUUUAUCAGAAUGAACAUGCAACACAAAUUCACAUUCAAGUCAAUGUAUGGAAUACCAUUCACGUUUGAAAAACAGAGCACAGUGGCUGGGACCUCCAUAGAUGCCGGGUACAGUAACCUUAGAUACGACCUUGACAUUAACAGAGAUGGGGUUGCUUGUAGCAAUGGAGUUAUUUACGUCAUAGAUGGAUUUCUGGAUCACUCUUUUAAAAAUAUCAUCGAUGAAAUGAAAGCGCAAGAUAAGCUGAAAGCCUCGUUACAAAAUAUCAUGGGAAUAUUUCCUCCCGGAGUUGAAGAGGAGUUUAGAGACGUUAACAGUGAAUUCACAGUCUUCAUGCCGGCCAGCGAGGCGUUCCUGUAUCUGUCACAGCCAGAACUCUUAUACCUACACAGUCUAGUCAACACAUCAGAAAAAUACCAGCUGCUUGAGCGCCACACUGUGAAUGGAACAGCACUAAGUAUAGAGGAAAUUCGCGCCAUCUGUGGAAAGGAAAAUUCUACGGAGUGUGUACUCAGUGUUAAUGUUAUAAUUGAGGAUGACGACAAACAAGAAAUUACUCUCGAAUGGAAGGGAGUGCAGUCGAAAAUUAUCCAAUCAAACAUAUUGGCAAACAAUGGCAUCAUCCACAUCAUCGACAGGAUUUUAUUCAAAGUGGAGGAGGAGGAGGAAUCAACUCUACCACCAAACCCAAUGAACACUCGAGGAGUGAACGGAGCUAACACGGACUUCAGUGUGUUAGUUUCGUAUUUAACAGUGUUAACAACAUGUUACAUUUCACGUCUUCUGUCAAGGUGAUCGUAUUAUUCGGGUGUUCUGAUGAAAACCAAUUUAAACAGUUCAGAUCCCCCUGAAACUUUGAGCAUCUCAGUGUGAAUUUGACUCGUCACGAAAAUGGAGAUCAAACAUUGUGUAUAAUGCUCUAUCAAGUCGACAAAUGAUUCGAAUGAUAACGUGACAACGAUGCUCCUUGUUGAGGAAAUAUACAACAAUACAAUCUAUAGGGCAAUCUUGUUGUUGUCUCGCUCAAACAUUCCGCAUGUGUCAGUAGCCCAAGCUGCCUAAGAGGAAGAUUGACCUAAUUAUUGUGUAUCCCUGUGUGGUAGAAAAAGCUGACAUUAGCUAGGGGUCCUUGUCUCUAUAUAUGCUUGUCUUUCUAGAAUUCCAAUUUUUGUGUUUUUGUAUUAUUAAAUUUUAUAUAUAUAUUUAUGAAUGUGUCGAGGUGCAUUGAUGAUGACUUAGAAUGAUGUGCGAUCGUUGCGUUUUCAUAAAUAAAUUCAGAUGUUUUAUAUCAUCAAUUGAACUAAACAAACGAUGCAUAAAGAACCGCUGUGACAACAACAUAUGUGCAAGAUAUAAUCCGCAUGUCAACAACAGACUACAUAAUUUCAUUCCAAACCUUAUUUCUUCAUGAUAUUUAUUUUCUAUGCAAGUGUAUUGUAAGAAAUACUGUUUUUGACUGCAUCCAUGCACUAUUUAUGUAUAUAGUAUUGGCAUUUCAUAAUCAUGUGUACAUAUGUCGAUAGUGAGUUAGUUGAGCGUUGGUUGCUAUUUGUUUAUAUUGUACAAAUAACGACAGUGUGUUAGUUGAGCGUUGGUUGACAUUUGUUCCUAGUGUACAAAUAUCGACUGUAUUAGUUGAGCAUAAGUUGAUAUUUGUACACUAGGCACAAAUAUCAAGAUAGCGUGUUAGUUGAGCGUUGCUUGAUUGAAUAUGAUUGGACAUUUAUAUUUGAAGAUACGAUAAUUGAGUAUUUUGUUUGAAGAGAAAAAGAUGUUGGAAACUCAGAAAUAAACUUUGUAUACGUAACCAAA